UGUUGAUGAUGAUGGUUGCGAAGCGGGGUGUGAAUGACCGAAUAUUGUAACUUGUAAUUUGCGAAUCGAGUGGGUGAAUGACGUUGAGUGCAAAUGGGCGAUCCAGAAAGGGAUAGAAAGUAUACAUAUUAUAAAGUCCCACUCAGAGUCGAGUCUGUUAUUAACGUUACGACAGCUUGUUGUGGUGCUGCGGUGGCGGCGGUAGUGUAGUGGUUAGCGCUACGCUGCACAAAGAACCCGCUUACCUGAGUUCGGUUCCCACUCACGGCCAACACCGGUGAUAAACCGCUCCUGGGCCUCCCCUAGGUCGACUCAGCCUCAAAUGAGUACCUUGUGCGGUGUGUAAACAUCGCACACUGGGGAUAAAAAGGCAGCCGGGCGUGGUGUUGGCCACCCACCCCUUCGUGUGCCACAGUGACGGCCUUCAUAGGGGCUGCUCGCUAAUAGCACUUGCUCUAUUCUGUCUGUUAAGGCUACGCAGGGGAUCUUUGUCGUUGGUGUAACAACAGCACCCACAUCGUUAUUGGUGACAGUUAUGUGAAGAGGUGGGAGAGGUCACGAGGAGGUGGUCGCGGGUAGACCGUCAUUGACCGUUAACCCCGCACCUCCGAUGAGGACGGUUGGCUACGUACGGCGCGAACGAAGUUCGUACAGUCCAGUCCAACCCCCUGGCCUCCCUCGACCCUGCGCUGUUGUCGUCCCCAACAGAUGGAGGGUUCCGUGAUCAAGCGCCGUUACCGGGUGCUGUCCAAGCUGGGCGCUGGAGGCUACGGCGCGGUCUACACCUGCCUGGAUCGCAGGCAGAAGAGGAAGGUGGCCGUGAAGGUUACGCGCGACAUCGAGAGCUUGGGCCAGGAUUGGUACCGCGAGGCUGGCUUCCUCCGGGCUCUGAACAAGAGCACCAACAUCGUCAGGAUCUUGGACAACUUCGUCAACCAAGGGAACAUGUACCUGGUGCUCGAGCUCAUCAAGGGGGGGAGUCUUUGUGAUCUCAUGAAGGAGGAUGGCGCCUUUGAGAUGGGCCGAGUUAAACUCUACGCACGGUCCAUGCUAGAGGUCCUGUCUUUCCUCAAGAAGAAGAAGGUUGUUCAUGGAGAUAUCAAGCCGGCAAACAUCAUGGUGAAGAACAACGCCACAGGAUCAAUCCAGCUGGUGGAUUUUGGGUGCAGCUUCCUUGAGAACGAGCCGUUGGACAAGGUGAUGGGGACUGCAGCUUACAAGGCACCCGAGGCCAUGCUGGGCCUGCCAUACGGCACGCCCAUCGAUGCUUGGUCCGUGGGCUGCGUCCUGGCUGAGAUAUCCAUGGGGGGCCAACGGCUGCUGCCCACGAAGAGGUUCUCACAGAUCAUCCCAGGCCUCACCGCGAUCCUGGAUUAUCCUCCGCCAAAGUUGCUGCAGGCCGCUCCGCGUCGUGCCAAGUAUUUCUCCGAAUCUGGGAUGCUGAAGAAGACCUGCGCUGAGCAGAUGCCUGGCCUCUGCUCGCUCGGAACAUUUCUGCAGGACAAGGAGACUGCAUUCCAGGAGUUUGUCAAGCGCUUCCUGUGUUGGAGCCCGGACGAGAGAAUUACUCCACACGAUGCUCUCCUGCACCCCUGGAUGACUUCGGAGGAGACAGCAGCAGCAGCUGCCAACUCUCCCGCUGCCCUCGCCCCGAAAGCGAUUACAGAAGCCGAACUUCCAGGACCGGGUGUCUCAUCCGACUGCCGGAAAAGACCGCCUUCCUCCAAGAGCGAGGAUAAGGCCCGUCGGAAGAAGUCCAGCAAGGUAGAACCAUCACCACCAUCGCCAUCACCACCAGCAGCGGCGGCGGUGACCUCAAAUGCUGUUCUGGCGGCCGUCAUCAGCCCCCGCUCAGCGACAGCCACGGUUAGGGACACUGCCCCGCCGCGGCCGGCGGUUGAGAGGCGGGAGAUGUCCCCGGCGCCGGAUCCGGGAGCUGUCCCCGUGACCCCCUUGCCGGCCAAGCUACUCCACCCCUACCGGGAGACGGCCGGAUCCGGCUCCUGCCGAGCCGAGCCAGGCCACGCGGAGGGAGCGGCCGCCUCCGCUGCCGAGGUGGGCAGUGGGUGGCAGGGCCGGGUGACUGACGUAGGAGAGGAGCCGCCAGCUGCGGUGGGCACAUUCUUCGGACGUCUCUUCUGCUGCUCCUGCUGCUACCACUACGGAGACUAUGAAUAGAGCGCGGGGCCCUGCCUGUAGAACCGACCACCACCAGCGCCUUCACUCAUGGCACUCUAUGACAUGGUUUAACACAACAAAAAGGGUGACAGUGUAGAAUUAUUUAGGUGGCAGGGGCGUGCGAAGUAUCGAGGAAUGAGCGACUGCGAAAGAGGGUGAAGGAGGGGUAAGGAAAGGGGAAGGGGGAUGGAAGAGAAAAGGUGAACUUGAGAGGAGCAGAAGGAGGUUAAGAAGGAGGACUGCUCACAGAAGGACUAGGAAUGGGAUUGGGCACAGAGAAGGACCGGGAGAGGAACUCUCUCUUCCACCACACACACACAGCAGCCGCAUUCAAGCACAAUCGCCUUGCGUGAGGGAGCAACGCUCUAUCCCGCACGUGCAGACGGACACAGAUGGCGAUCAGUCUGCUCGCUGUCCCCUCUUCAUCCGGACAGUGGUGGCUGUGGCUGCACGUGGCUGCCCGUGGAACCAGCGCUCUGGAGGCGAGGGUCGUGGAUCGCUCAGAGGAAAUGCUGGGGGAACUGUCUUCCCCGUGGGUGGGUGUCAAGAAAGGGCCGUACCCCCUGGCUCUG